ACACUCCUCUUGUUACAAUCCAAAACAUUUUCUGUUAUACAGAUCCCCCUCCUUCCCUCUCUACACCUGCACAGGACUCACAUACACACGCUCACACAGAGACAGACCAGACCAGACCAGAAUACCAAAAGACUAAAAUACCCUUCUCGAGUUCCGUUAGUUAUAACCUUGGAGCUCUGCUUUUCUACUUGGACUGGCGCUCGGGAUUGACGUCUGCAACCGGAGAAACCGAUGAAAUUGCCGUGUGGGUUUCGAGGUGAGGUUGAAUUCAGAAAGUGGGUUUGAAGAAUCCGGAGCGUUGGUUCUUUGUAGCGGAAGUAUUUUGGACUUGGGCUCCAGAUGGGUUUGUUCUUUUGAAAUUCUUGUUGGGUCUUCUUUUCUCCCUUUUUUAUAUUCAAAUUCGAGAUGGUUUUGCGAGAGUUUGGGUUUCUCAUGAGGGUUCUUUGGAUUAUCAAGAUUUAUUGGUGCCUUGGUAUUGCUUGCUUUGAUAAGCAUGGCGACUUCUUUUAUUAUAGCUGAUAUUGGAUAUAUGGUGAUUGAAUACCUGUAGCGCGUUCUUUAUUGUAUUCAAUUUUCAUUCACAGAUUAGAAUAGAUAUAGAAACACAUUGCUGGUCAAUAUUGAUUAGAGGUUAAGAGCAGCACUUUACCACAUUCUUUGUAGAAUUGAAUUCUUCUAGUUGGUUUAGCGAUUGGAGUGUUUUGUUCAGAUUGUGCGGCUUGAGAUUCUUCUAGUUUGUUUAGUCAUUUACAUUGUUUAUCUCCAUGUCGGGGGGUACACCAACUGGGGCUGGAUAUAUGAGGCAGAGGCAUAGCCAGGGGUAUGCAUCGAGUGGCGAUGAUCUUGAGGAUGAUGCAUGUUCGGUUAUGCGCACUUCGUCCCCAAGAACUCCGAGAGUUUGGUCACGGAUUGAGAUUGUAGAGAAUGUCCUUUGGCUUGCCUCAGCAGCGUUCAUUGUUUACUAUGGUGAUAGGAAAUCCAACUUGAUAUAUCUCUUCUGGCAUGAUGACCGAAUCAGAAGAUUGCCUUUAUACCUUGGAACGGUGGGCGUGGUUUUGAACAUUAUCAUCUUCUGUUAUACAAGUAUGUCCGCAUGGAGUGUGAGGAGAUUUGAUGAAAAAUGGGAAUUAGCUAGUAUAUCUGCUCUGCCAUUUGUGACACUACUUGGCGUCAUCUCCUUUUGCUUGUUCUGCUUCGCUUUGUGGCCAAUAUGGAGUUUCUUGACCCUUCCUCUUCUUUUCACGCUGUUUAUGGCAUGCAUGGUUAUAUGUCCAUACGUUAUAAUCGGGAUAUUUAGGCAACAACAUGAUGUGCUGCGUACAGAUUAUGCCGCCUCGGAAUUAAGUGAGAAACAAUACUGACCUAGAUCAAGAGCUUCUAAGCUUCUAACUCAACCAUGGAUGGUCAGUCACGUCAGAAGAAGAUUGAAGUUUUAUCUGAUGCUUUCCUUGGCUCAUUGUGCGAGACUGACCCUUUUUGACAGCAAACAAUCUCAAUCAUACCCCUUUCGGUGGAAGAAAGGAUACACACACACUCUUAUUGUCUUGCAUUCUGUCAGCUUCUCUUUUACAUGAGCCUCAUUUGGUUGAUACACCUGAUGGGCACAUCCAUAGAAUUUUCAUAACCUGAAGUGGACUGGUUGGGAUGUAGGUUUCUAUGAUCAGAUGCCAGCCGGAAAUUAUUCAUGACAGCUUGUUGAACCCUUUGAACAGGAUUGAUGCUCUUUGUUUCUGGUAUAUGAAUCCAUCUUCACUGGGGAGGAGGUUGUGAUAUGUUUUUUUGGAUCAAAGCGGAGGUUGUGAUAUUGAUUUGGCAUUACGAUAUUGAGUUCUUCUCUUUAUGUUUCUUUUCUUGUUAAAUUACUUCAUCUUCUUCUUUUCUCUGUUCUCGUUGUAAAUGAGCUAUGAUUGCACCAGAGUUUCUACAUGUUUUCAGCUUUGCUUGAAGGAAUUUACCCAAGCUUAUAUCGUUGAUGUUAUAA